AUGAUCCAUAGAACUGGAAAGCGUGCUUCUCACACAACUAAAAAGUACUCAGUUGCUAUUCAAGCCGUUGAGUCGGAUGAAAAGGAAGACAGUACUAAAGCCUUAGAAAGUAAUGAUCAUGCUGCAAAGCCAGAAUUUAAGCUGCCUACUUCAAAAUCUUCUGAAAUCAACAUUGGCGAAAUUAUGGAAAGAAGAGCAAAGUUUAUUCCAAUGCGUCUAAAGAUCGAAGAGAGAAAAUAUUUGCGAUUACUGGAAGCUGCACUGAAUGUUACCGAAUAUACUGAGAAAAUUGACGAUGCAUCUAGCACUGGUAAAGCCAAACGCGUUGUAAAUCAAAUUAAGGAAUUGUGUGCUAUUUUAACUGGCAUCGUAUUGGGAUGUGAUUUUAAGCGUGGCCAAGAGUUAUUCGCAGACCGAAGUUAUGAGGAUAACGAGGAGUUUUUCCAGACCAUUUUCGAAAUCGGGCGUAGACAUAAAAUUAUGAAUCCUGAAAAGAUGAGAUCUGCCUAUGGUAAACUCAUGUAUCUUUUGUCUGAUUCAAUGAUUCCUGAAGUGAAAGAAAUGCUCGGAUUUGAAUGUGUUGUGCCAAUUAAUACCGUAUACAGCUUUUUGGAAGAGAGAAAUGGACUGAGUGUAUUACAUGAAGAUAUUGUUUUACUUGCUACCAUGGAAAUCAUUCCUGACAGAAAGACUCGACCUCAAAUUCAAGCAGAGAUUAAGCGCAAAGAAAGAAGUAUUGAACAAUUAAGUAGGAAAUAUCAGUCAAAAUAUCUCUCUGUAGAUGAAAUCAGACAUUGUUUAUACAGUAUUGGAGAUAACAAUGCAUAUUUGAGAGCUAAUCGUGAUCCCUGUGAGAAGAUGAUUCGUUCUCUUGAAAAGUUCUUCAGCCCUGAUGAUGGAGAUAACAAGGAAUUUUCCCUUUCUAUUGCCUCAGGCACCCAAGGCCAUCGUUUGAGUCAUGACCACGAAACUCAAUACAUUUACGUCAAUCAAACAUUGAAGCUUUGGCGUGAAAUUUUAAAUGACAUGUUUAAACUUUGGACUUUAGCAGAUCAAGAUAUGCUGUCCACUACUAAUCCGUACCGUUUAUCGCAGACCGGCCAAGGUUUACACCGUAUACAGCCUUGUCCCGCUGUGUCGAGAGAAAUGCAUCGAACCUUAUUUAAGGCACAAAAGAAAGCAGGAACGUGGAUUGGUAGCAGUGUCAUCCAUUUAGGUGACAAAAAUGUACCCAAUGCUCUUGUCUUUAUUGAUAAGUAUAAUCAAGUUGCGCGUAUUUUGAGUCCUAUUUGUAUCACCAUCGAUCGACUUGACGAAUUAGCAAAAAAUGAAGGUAUCCGUAAAUUCAUUGAAAAGAAGUUUGGAAGUUUGGAUCUUUGUAGAAAAACAAUCUUAACUGACUUCUUCCGAUUUGCAUUCGAUGGAUCUGGUGCUGACAAUUUCUAUGACGCAGGAAGUUGUAUUGAUGGCCGGCUUACUUCUGCUUGGAACUGGUGUUCACAAAUUGAGAAAAAACCAUACUUUCCUAUAUUUUUAUUAGCUGGAUUUGCUGGUUUUGACGGCGGAGGAUGGUAA